GGUCGCUCUCCAGACCCCCGCCGCCACGUUAGCCACGGCCUCUUGCACCAUCGAGGGGAAACAGACCAUGGUGAACCCAGGCAGCAGCUCACAGCCUCCCCCGGUCACCAGCGGCUCCCUCUCGUGGAAGAGAUGCGCAGGCUGCGGGGGGAAGAUUGCCGAUCGCUUCUUGCUCUAUGCCAUGGAUGGCUAUUGGCAUAGUCGGUGCCUGAAAUGUUCCUGCUGCCAGGCCCAGCUGGGAGAAAUUGGUACGUCUUGCUACACGAAGAGCGGCAUGAUCCUGUGCAGAAACGACUACAUCAGGUUAUUUGGAAAUAGUGGCGCUUGCAGUGCCUGUGGGCAGUCAAUUCCUGCUAGUGAGCUGGUUAUGCGGGCGCAAGGGAAUGUCUAUCAUCUUAAGUGUUUUACGUGCUCCACCUGCCGGAACCGCCUGGUCCCUGGAGACAGGUUUCACUACAUCAAUGGCAGUUUAUUCUGUGAACAUGAUAGACCUACAGCUCUCAUCAAUGGCCAUUUGAAUUCACUUCAGAGCAAUCCACUACUGCCAGACCAGAAGGUCUGCUAAGAGGUCAGAGUACUGCAGAAUGCGUGCCUUCAUCUCAAACUUUGUUCAUCACAGAUGGAUCCCAUGUCUCCAGUAGACAAGUCACCUUUGUAGCUAGCAUCAAUGCCAGCUUCAUGCCAUUGCACCUUCUUUACUCUUGGUUGCCCUUCCCACAUUUAUUGGUGUAUUAAAAUGACUGAAAGCGAACAUUAAGGACUCCAUGAAUCUGGGCUAAUGGGAGACUGUAGAGAAAAUGGAGAGAGAAAAAGACUCCACCAGAGGAGGACGGCAACUUUGGGUGGGGAGGGGGUGGGGAAAAUGACUAAUGAAGCUAAUUAAAAUAAGCCUUCAAGUCUGCUUUCUACCCUCAUUAACAAUUAGCAGGGCACUGGCCGGAAUUUGUACCCUGUGUUUUACCUUAACAACAUUCUCUUUGCUCUUUGUAUAAUUUAAGUGUUGUAAGGAAAUGUGUUUCAAAACAAAACAUGAGCUUAAAAGGAAGGAUGGGGCUCUUGUGAUAUUCUAUCACAAAUGACUUUUAUUGUAUCUCUGUAAAAUACAAUGUAUGUAUGCAUGUAAGUGUUUUUGUCUAAUGUUGCUACUUCCCAUGGCAAAAAAGAAAAAGGAAAAAAAAAGCUCAUAGCAGCUAUUGUGUAGAAAUUUUCACCUAUUCUUAAUUUGCUGAAUGAAGAAAAAAAUCUUUUAUUUGUGAUACUUUCAGAGACAUUUGCUCUAGUAUGGUGUAUUUAAAUAAUAAAAACUUAAAAUGAAAA